UAAGGACUUAUUCGUAACGUUGGUGAAGCUGGAGGCAUUUUGCACAUAUGUUGCAAUAUAGCCUCGUGAGUUGGGACAGCAAUUAUUGAACCAAGAUCUGAUGCACCUUGCCCACUGUAUAGAGGAAGAAAAGAAGAGAUAGAGCAGCAUCUUUCAGACCGAAUCUCGCCCGACCUGUUUGCAGACCAGAGAUUGAGGCCCCGAUCGGGUUUGCCAUGGGGUCUCUUCUUUGGGAGCUCGAGAUGGCCUGAUGCAGGCUGCAGGUUCUAAUUGAUGGAGCACCGGCGUGAGUCCAUGGAGGAGGCGGAGAUCGCAGAUGAGGGGGAAGACGAAGAAUCUCCGGUGAUGCAGGGCGUCCUCGCCGAUCGAACUCCUCAAACCAGAGAUGUUUCAUUCCGAGGUAGAAGCAGAGUCUGGGAAACAGGGCCCCCGAUCAGUGCUUCGCUUGGCGCCAUGAGACCCCUUGUCUGGAAGCUGGACAUGCUGCUUAUAGCUCCUCCUCGGGAAUGCUCCUCGGAGAGUGUCAAGCACAAGAUGCAGCUCCUCAAAGAAGAUGUAGAAGAAAUAAGCUUCUGCCUUGAUACAAUGUCACAAGUGGAGGACCCUCCCCAGACUGCCAAGUGUUGGAUGAAUGAGGUGCGCGACCUGUCUUACAACAUGGAGGAUUACAUCAACAGCUUACAUAUGCGAGCUGCAGAUCCCUCCCUCAUUGCCGACGGCAUCAAGACCACUAGGUCCCACCGCAAAUGGUUCAGUCAUGUUAGGACUCCCAAGAAGCUUACGUGUGAGGAGCAGAUUGUGGAAUCAGUAUCUGAAUUCAGGAUAUAUAUCGGUGACGCGAUGAAACGACACAAGAUGUAUGGUCUAAGUUUUUUUAGCACCUUGAAGCGUACACUUGUGCCCGUUGGCCCUAUGCUUCAAACGCCAGCGCCGUACGGAGAAACAUCGGACAUAGUAAUCAAUGACCGCAUGAAUGAGUUUAUUAACUCAGUGGCUACCGAUGGGGCAGAUCAGCAGCAGCACAAGGUGUUAUCUGUUUUGGGAUCUGCUUGUCUUGGUAAGACUACACUUGCUAGAGUUUUAUACAACAGAAUUGGGUUGCAAUUUGAUUGUCGAGCAUUCAUUCGAGUGUCAAAAAAUCCUGAUAUGAAGAAAAUUUUAUGGGAUACGCUCUUGCAACUGGAGCAGCAGCAGUACCCACCACAAUACUGUAAGGUGGUUGACCUCAUUAACAAGAUAAAAAAUUAUCUACAAGACAAAAGGUACUUAAUUAUUGUUGAUGAUGUGUGGUCUGCAUCAGUAUGGGAUAGCAUCAAUCGUGCUUUUCCAAAGGUUAGUCAUGGCAGCAGAAUAAUAACAACUACACAGAUCGAAGACGUUGCUUUCAGAUGUUGCCGUUAUCAGUCAGAGCAGGUGUUUGAGAUGAAACCCCUAGAUGAUCGUCACUCAAGAAAGCUUUUCUUUAACAGACUUUUUGGCUCUGAAAGUAAUUGCCCUGAACAGUUCAAAAAGGUUUCAAAUGAAAUUGUUGCAAUGUGUGGUGGUUUGCCGCUAGCAACAAUUAGCAUAGCUAGUCUUUUAGCAAGCCAGCCCGCCACGACAGAGGAUUUAUUGAAGCACAUCCAUGGCUCACUGAGCUCUCUUUUCUCAGCAAAUCCUACCUCAGAAAGAACGAGACAAGCACUGAAUCUGAGCUUUAAGAACCUUCCUCAAUAUUUGAGGACAUGCUUGCUCUAUGUUAGUAUGUAUCAAGAGGGAUACACAUUCUGCAAGAAUGAUUUGGUGAAGCAAUGGAUGGCCGAAGGUUUCAUCAAUACAACCAAAGGGGAAGAUAUGGAGAAAGUUGCAGAAAGCUAUCUCCAUCAACUUAUUGGUAGAAAAUUCAUCCAGCCUAUAUGUAUGGACUACAACAAUGAGGUGUUGUCGUGUGUAGUUCAUGAUCUGGUACAUGAUCUUAUUGCAGAAAAGUCCGCGGAAGACAAUUUCAUUCUGGCAAUAGACUAUAGUGAAAAGGAUAUGGCGCUUUCUCAUAAGGCCCGUCGACUCUCUAUCCUCUUUGGCGAUGCAAGAGAUUCCAAAGCACCAGCAUACAUCAUAAAGUCACAAGUUCGGUCACUCACAUUUUCCGGGUUAUUUGAGUGUAUGCCUAGUAUUCCAGAGUUCAAGCUUCUUCGUGUUCUAAACCUUCAACUAUCCAAUUACGGUGGCUCCAAAGGACUCUGCCAUGACAACAACCCUGUAGACCUCAGUGUGAUUUCAGAACUGUCUCGAUUGAGAUAUUUGAAGAUUGCAUCUCAUCUCUGUAUAAAACUGCCAGAUUAUAUGGGAGGGCUGCAUUGUUUGGAAACACUGGAUAUUAUGGAUGCAACAGUCCUCAAAUUUAGAAUUAGUGCCUGUUUCCCAUACUUGUUGCACAUGUACCUCAGUCUCCUUGAUGGGAGAAAUGUGCAGAAUUGGAUUGAAGAGAUGUCGGACAUUCACAAGCUGAAACACCUGCAGGAUCUUCGUCUUAUCUUUUCUUCAGCACGGUCUUUAUCUCGGGAAGAAAACAUGAGAAGUCUGCGAGAUUUUAUCAGCGGGCAUGGUAACCUGAAAACUAUAGUAGUGGCUUGUGGCUCCCCAGAUAAGGUUAUUGACUGCGCUUCAGAUGCAACCAUUUCAUGGGAUGACAUGGCACCUCCCCCACUCCUCCAGAGAUUUGAAUUCUCGCCGCACGGAGGCUGCAUAUUCUCACGAAUACCACUGUGGGUUGAGAAACACAACCAUCUAAGCAUUUUGAAGAUUGCUGUGAAGGAACUUCAGAUGAUUUGUGUUGGUUUUCUCAGAGGAUUGCCUGCCCUCACUGCUCUGUCUCUGCAUGUGGAGACAAUGCCCGUUCACAAGAUCAUAUUUGACAAGCCCGGGUUCUCAGUUCUCAAGUACUUCAGGUUGAAGUUCAUGAAUGGUAUAGGUUGGCUAAAAUUUGAGGAGGAUGCAAUGCCUAAUCUAUUGAAGCUAAAGCUAGUUUUCAAUGCCAUCCCACAAAUCGACCAAUAUGAACAUGGUAUUCUCAGUAUCGACCAUAUGCCUAGCCUUAAAGAAAUCUCUGUAAAAUUUGGGGGUACAACUGCUGGUCGAGAGUAUGCAUUUGUUAAUAAUCAUAAGAGCAAUCCUUGGAUCAACAGGCAGUCGGUGGUUUAUAGUUCUAACGGCGACGAAAGCAGAAACCAGAAAAAACUGAAAUAUGAGAUUCUGGAGGAAGAACGAGAUGAGAUUGUGGAGGGAGAAAGAGAUGAAUACGAUAAGGAAUUGAAGAGCCGUCCUGAUCAAAGGAUUUCAAGAUCGCUGGAGUUUUCUUCCCGACCAUAUGUUCGAGCCCUACCCAUUGAUACAAUGGGACAGUGCUACGGCGAGGGCAUGUCCUCGCGCGCCAUGGAAGAUGACUUAGGAGUCGUGGUGGAGAUGCCCUCCCCUCCCCCGGCCAAUGGCAUGCCCCAAACAGCAUCACCGAAAGCCACGCCGGUGGCCACGGUCGGGACCCCGAGGUGCCGUAAGUCAGGAUCAACCACGCCCAUACAGCAGACGCCGCCCGGGGUGUCGCCUUCGUCGGUGAGGUCCACGUCCAGGAUGUUCUUCAAGCACCCCUUCCCAUCGCCAUCGCUGGCCAAGCACAUCAAGUCCAUGCUUCCCAAGAGGCUGGGCGGACGGAAGCCCAAGAAGGGGACAGUACCGGAGAAAGGCGGUGGUGGCAUCGGAGCCGCUGGGGAUGGGGCGGAAGUGGAAAGACCAUUAGACAAGACGUUUGGAUUCGUGGAAAACCACAGGGCCAAGUACGAGCUCGGGGAGGAGGUGGGGAGGGGCCACUUCGGGUACGUCUGCUCGGCCGUCGUGAAGGAGGGCGAGUACAAGGGACAGACCGCCGCUGUUAAGGUUAUCCCCAAAGCUAAGAUGACAACAGCCAUAUCCAUUGAAGAUGUUCGUGGGGAAGUGAAGAUUUUGAAAGCUCUAUCAGGGCAUAAGAAUCUUGUCAAAUUUUAUGACGCAUACGAGGAUGAUGAGAAUGUCUACAUUGUCAUGGAAUUAUGUGAGGGUGGAGAGUUGCUAGACAGAAUAUUAGCCAGAGGUGGGAGAUACAUAGAAGAAGAUGCUAAAGCGAUCGUUGUACAGAUUUUGAGUGCGGUGGCCUUCUGUCAUCUUCAGGGAGUAGUGCAUCGUGAUUUGAAGCCAGAGAACUUCCUUUUCACAACAAGAGAUGAAAAUGCUCCAAUGAAGUUGAUUGAUUUUGGACUCUCUGAUUUCAUUAGACCAGAUGAAAGGCUUAAUGAUAUUACUGGAUCUGCAUAUUAUGUUGCCCCAGAGGUUCUACGCAGAUCAUACAGUACGGAGGCAGACAUUUGGAGUAUAGGUGUCAUAACAUACAUUCUGCUCUGUGGUAGUCGGCCAUUUUGGGCACGGACAGAAUCUGGAAUCUUCCGAUCUGUAUUAAAAGAUAUUCCCAACUUUGAUGAUUCACCAUGGCCUUCAGUGUCAGCUGAAGCUAAGGAUUUUGUGAAGAUAUUUUUAAACAGGGAUUACCGCAAAAGAAUGAGUGCUGUUCAGGCACUGACUCACCCGUGGUUGCAGGAUGAUCAAAGACAGAUUCCGCUGGACCAUCUUAUUUACAGAUUUAUUAAGCAAUACCUUCGUGUCACACUUCUUACACGUUUGGCGCUAAAGGCAUUAUCCAAGGCUUUAAAGGAUAAUGAACUCUUGUAUCUUAGGCUACAGUUUAAACUGCUUGAACCUAGAGAUGGUGUUGUGUCAAUUGACAACUUUCGGACGGCUUUAACGCGGUAUCUAACUGAUGUGAUGAAGGAAUCAAGAACUCCUGAGUUUUUGGAUGCGUUGGAACCACUUGCACACAGGAGUAUGGAUUUCGACGAAUUCUGUGCUGCAGCUAUCAGCCCUUACCAACUUGCGGCCCUGGACAGAUGGGAGGAGAUUGCUCGAACAGCUUUUCAGAACUUUGAACAGGACGGCAACCGAGUAAUAUCAAUUGAGGAGUUCGCACAGGAACUAAAUGUUGCUCCAACUAAUAACUCCAUUGUGCAAGAUUUGAUCAGAAACACAGAUGGCAAGCUAACCUUUCUUGGGUUUAUCCAAAUUUUACAUCGUGGUGUAACUCCCUCCAUUCGUAACACCAAUAGAAAAACGACUUUACGUGAGCCCCAUUAGUUCCGGUUUGAUAACGGCCCGGUACUAAUGUGACCAUUAGUCUCGAUUCCAACGGCUAGGGGGCGUGGAUCAUUAGUCCCGGUUUGUGGCGUGCCUCUACUCCCGGUUCGUGUCACGAACCGAGACUAAAGGGGUGGUGUCAGGCUCGUGUCAGGCUUGGGUCCCCACGAGCACAUUUAGUUCCGGUUCGUGACACAAACCGGGACUAGAGGUGCACCUUUAGAAUCGGUUUGUAUAACCAACUGGGACUAAAGAUAUCACUAUAUAUAGUGCUUCGUCCAGCCCGAGCCGAAGCUCUCUGUUUUUCCCCUCCACUCUGUUUUCUUCCCCUCUUGCUCGAGCUCACCUCCAUUUUUACCAAAAUUUAACAAGAUUUGGAGGCACCCGUCCAUCCAAGUGUUCACAAAGGUGUGGUUUACUUAGUGCCUUUCUGUCCCCGUCCUAACCACCGUCGAUCGCCCCGCACCGUCCGGUCGCCGGCACCACCUUGGUGAUCCUCUUGUUCUUAUCCUUUUUUAUAAAAAAAUCAUGUUUGUGUGAUUUACAUAGUUACUAGUAAAAUCAUGUUUCUUACACUUACGUUGUCUGUUAUACAUAGUGACAUGGUUUUGAUAUCCAUUCCCAUCGGCCCUCGUCCGGUUUAUGAUUGCAUGUGGUAUAUUCUCUUUUAUAACUAUUUGUUGCAUUUCAUAUUUAUGACAAUUAUGCCCAUCAAGUUGACAUAGAUAUUUUUAUCUAGGAGGUAUGUGAACCGAAAAUUGCAACCGACCCUCUUGUUGAGAAGUUAAAUUUAGUUGAAAAAGAAAACGAGUAUUUGAAAGAAAAAUGAAAAGAAUUGAAGAAGAGAAGAUGAAACUGGAGUUGUAUGUUGCUGAUGUCGUCGAUGAUCACAAGAUCAAGAUGGAUGCAAUGCGCUUGAAGAUUAGAAAAUAUGCCGUCGAUAAUGAGGCUUGGUAUCAUUAUGUUGUUGGAACAAUUGUUACCUUAGUUGUGAUGUUGAUCACAUUUAUUAUUGGGUUUAAAUGCUUUAGCUAGAGAGUUUGUAUGUUUUUUAUGAGAAUAGGUGUGUAUGAACUUGUAUUAAUUUGGUCUUUUCGGUGUUGUGUAAUGAUGAUGAGCCGGCAAUGGAUGUACGGUGAACGAUGCUCUCCCCAAUUCAUUAAUGGCGUGCAUACUUUUCUGCUUGUGGUUGAGGAAAACAAGCGGCUGGA